ACUUCAGCGGCCGCUCAUCACUGUUCUCCAUCUCACAGCAAGUCUCAGGACUUAUUAAUCUGCUGGAUAAGAUGGCCACGUCCGGACUGCAGCUCCUCGGCUUUUUUCUCUCCCUGGUCGGCGUCGCUGCCACUGUUGCCGCCACUGUUAUGGUGGACUGGAAGAUGCUGGUCCAGGGCAAGCACCGCUCCUAUGAGGGCUUAUGGAUGUCCUGCGCUGGUGUUCAAUACAGAAUGACCUGUGAAAUUUAUCAGUCCAUCCUGAAAAUGCCGACUGAGAUUCAGGUUACCAGGGCAGUGCUGCCGGUCAGCCUCCUUCUCUCUGCUCUGGCUGUACUCGUCUCCACAGUGGGGAUGAAGUGCACCCACUUCAUGGAUGGUGUGCCAAAGAGCAAAUCCAUGAUAGCGAUGAUCGGGGGAAUCACGUUCAUACUUUCAGGAGUGUUGACCAUCAUCAUCACCUCCUGGUUUGUCAACAUGGUUCUCUCUUCUUACAGUGGACACAAGCUGUUUAGACCUGAGUUUGGUAAUGCCGUGUUUGUGAGCUGGGUUGGUGGACUCCUCACUGCGGCCGGUGGUGCUUUCCUGAGCUGUCGGAGAUGCUGGAGGACAAACCCUCCAGUGUCCGUGAGCUCCAGCCACUUUCUUUCUACCAAUCACUCCAAGUCCAACUACGUCUAG